UGUAUUGUGGGUUAAGUCUCGUUUGAUCGCCGAAUUGCCCUGAUUGUCGCACUGCCGUUAUAUCACUUUUUGUUUGUUAAUAAAAAUAAUAAUGUUGCGGCAAUUUCUGUUUAGCACAGCCCCGCGUCUAGUGGUGCGACCCAUUGCCCCACAUCGCUUUGCCAGUGGCAGCCUCGACAAAACUGAGUUUGCGACUCCCUCACAGAUAGUCGACUACGAUGAUCCGCCGCAUUUGCCUGUGCCAGAGUACCCAGUCCGACCCGACGAGCCCCUCGAGACGCGGAAGCAGCGGCUGCUGUAUCAGAGUCGAAAGCGUGGCAUGCUAGAGAAUGAUCUGCUCCUCAGCACGUUUGUGGCCAGGCACCUGAAAGACUUCUCCGCCGCCCAGACAGCCCAGUACGAUGAGCUCAUCAACGGCGUGAGCAACGACUGGGACAUAUUCUAUUGGGCCACCGAAACUAAGCCCACGCCGCCCCAGUAUGAUACGGAGAUAAUGCGAAUGCUUAAACAGCAUGUAAAGAACGAGGAGCGUGUGCAGCGCAUACGGCAGCCCGACUUGUAGUAGAUCUUUUAUGUCAAUCCAGAUAUUUUAAUUGCAUUUCACACGGAACAUGUAGCAAUGCAGAUAUUGGAUCCGUGCGUUAGCUUUCAGGAGAGGCUUCCUUCCGGGCGUAGCAUUAUGUAUUUCUGACGAUUAGAUCCUCGCCUUAGGAUGCUUAUCCAUUGCUUAAACAGCCCUGAUCCCUGCCCCAGAUGAAAAACAAUUUGAAUAUCCUGAAAUACACAUCCAUACAAUAUAUUUAAACGAUUAUCCAGUUAAUUGAAUUCUGCUUGCCGUACGUGUAUGUCCAACCUUGUAUACAUACAUACAUAUGUAUGGUAUAUAUAUAUAUUUAGAGUAAAUGUAAAUUGCUUAACCACUAUAGCGAAAUGUUACACUUAAAACUUUGCUGAUGCCUUGCUUAGUCUUGCCGCAUAUGCAUGAAACUGAUGAGAAAGUUCCAUGUUGCACUGGACAGAUCUACGGAAACGUGAUCGUGUGGCAGAUAGUGAGACACAGAGAGAGAGGAGUGUAAAGAGUCUACAAACGUUUACAGCAAUUAACUAUUGACGGGUUGGUUCUCUAAUAACAUGCUACAUAGAUGACUGAA